AUGGCAGAAGCCAGAAUAUCUCAGGAUGAGUUCAUGUGUUCAGUGUGUCUGGAUCUCCUGAAGGAUCCUGUGGCCACUUCCUGUGGACAUAGUUUCUGCAAGAUCUGUAUUACAGGCUUCUGGGAUCAGGAGGAUCAGAUGAGAGUCUACAGCUGCCCUCAGUGCAGACAGACCUUCAGACCAAGACCUGCUUUAGCUAAAAACACCAUUCUGGCUGAAAUGGUGGAGAAACUGAAGAAGAUUAAACUUCCUACUGACUGUUACGCUGGAGCUGGAGAUGUGCAGUGUGACGUCUGUACUGGAAGAAAACACAAAGCCGUCAAGUCCUGUCUGGUGUGUCUGAGCUCUUACUGUCAGAAUCACCUUGAACAACAUGAGAGUUUGUUUAAAGGAAAGAGACACAAUCUGACUGAAGCCACUGGACGACUGCAGGAGAUGAUCUGCCCGAAACACGACAAGAUCCUUGAGGUUUUCUGCCGCACUGAUCAGAAGUGUAUAUGUCUGCUGUGUAUGAUGGAUGAACAUAAAAACCAUGACACUGUAUCAGCUGCAGCACAGAGGACAGAGAAACAGCACCAGCUGAAGGAGAUGCAGAGGUCGUUCCAGCAGAGGAUCCAGCAGAGAGAGAAAGAUCUUCAGCAGCUGAGAGAGGCUGUGGAGUCUCAUAAGCGCUCUGCACAGACAGCAGUGGAGGACAGUGAGAGGAUCUUCACUGAGCUCAUCUGCUCCAUUGAAAGAAGCCGCUCUGAGGCCAAACAGCGGAUCAGAGAUCAGGAAAAGACUGCAGUGAGUCGAGCUGAAGGACGACUGAAGCGACUGGAGCAGGAGAUCAAUGAUCUGAGGAGAAGAGAAGCUGAGCUGGAGCAGCUUUCACACACAGGGGUCGGACACAGAUGUACAAACGAAGGUGGAGACUUGGAACUGGAUGGAGCUGGAGAACGUAGGAGACGUAGGAGCACUCACACACAGACGAGGAACACACUGGGAGAUCAGGGAGCACAGGAGACAGUACCCGACGUCAUGGUGGCCGUCCUCUUCCACACGGGGCAGGUCUGUCAGGGUGGUUACUGUGGAAGUCUUGAAGUAGGUUGGGAUCGAGGAUGUCGUUUCUUGGGACCCAGGAGUGUUCCUCAGGGCCAUAGCCUUCCCAGUUUACGAGGUAUUCUAGUUGACCACCACGGCGUCGGGAGUCCAAGAUCUCGUGUACCUCGUAUGCUGUGCCGUCUUCCAGGAUGA